ACAUUUGUGUUCAGUAAGGACUAUUCAAUUAUAGUAUAUAUAGUAACCUGGAGGAAGGCAAUUCUCUAAGGUUCUGCAUGUUUUCCAUUAUUCCCUUGUCUGUCCUUUCCUUCCAUUCUCUAGUCUUGCUGUUCUGCUUUCUAGAUCAAUAAAUGCUUCAGGCAGAAUGGAUUAAUUAAUUGACAUAUUCUUGAAUACUUCUCCCUUAAAACUAUGGGGAUAUAGUGUUGCUUUGAACCCUAUCAGGAGAAGUCUAUAAGGGUAAUUCCUUGGCAACUCUCUUAGACUGCAGCUCUCCUGCUAGGCUGUACUGUAGUAUAAGGCGUGCACUCUGAGCAAGGCUGCUAAUAUGCUGAGUCAGCAUGACUGGCUCAGCACAGCCAUGCAGGACCCUGGCUGCCAAGCUAUUUUUAAAUGUGGUUUCAUCCGACUCCAGCUCUUUCCAAAUCUUCCUUUUCGUGAGCAUUUGCUCUUAAGAUUUAUAGAAAGCUGUGGGGUUGGCAGAGACUGGGCAGAAUUUGUCAAGAGCUUGUGUAAAUCCCACAGUUGGUUCGUACUGUAUAGAGAAUACCUGUAUUUGGUGCUUCCUUUCCUGCUUAGUCUGAGUAUAUAUAGCUGCUUUUGGAUGAUAUAGAACUUGACUUUGAUAACAUCUACCCAUUUUGUAUCUUACAGAAUCCGAUUGUGAAGGCUUGCGUGUUAUGACGACCCCCAACAAAGGAAACAAAGCCUUGAAGGUGAAGCGGGAGCCAGGGGAGAAUGGGACCAGCUUGACAGAUGAAGAGCUGGUGACCAUGUCUGUACGGGAGUUGAACCAGCAUCUGCGGGGCUUAUCUAAGGAAGAGAUCAUCCAACUCAAGCAACGCCGGCGGACCCUGAAGAACAGAGGCUAUGCUGCCAGCUGCCGGGUCAAGAGGGUAACCCAGAAGGAAGAGUUGGAGAAACAGAAGGCAGAACUUCAGCAGGAAGUGGAGAAGCUGGCUUCAGAGAACGCUAGCAUGAAAAUGGAACUUGAUGCCCUGCGUUCCAAGUAUGAGGCACUGCAGAACUUCGCCCGGACCGUUGCCCGGAGCCCUGUCACCCCUGCCCGGGGCCCACUUGCUUCCAGCAUGGGGCCCCUUGUUCCCGGCAAAGUUGCCACCACCAGCGUUAUCACGAUAGUUAAAUCCAAAACGGACGCCCGGUCUUAGUGAAACGAGCACUGCCUGGGCUUGUCUGUGCAGGGCAGUUAGGCACAAAGCUCAUCCGGAACCCCCAAAGCACAACCCUCUCCCAGAUGGCCCAGCCCACACAGGCACACGCUGGCCUGUUCGUCACUGCAGUUGCUUUGUUUUUAGCUUGUUCUGGUUGAUGUGACUGAUGGUAACGCAGCCUUUCCAUUGUGAACAGAACCGUCCACCUAGUGUGUUCUGAAAAUGGAAGCUGAAGGACCUCAGUGCUCUUGCCAAAGAGAUUUUCAGCAGCAUGGAAUCCAUUCUUGGGUAGGAAUAACCCAAAGGGGAGGGAAGAGGUCAUAGAGAGUUGGAAGACCUGCUGUCAGUGAUGACUUCAAUGCCGUUCUUCCAGGGUUGAGUCAGCUGUCCAGUCUGCUGCUUGUAAAUUGCUUGGUAUCAGGGGGGGUAGUUUGUGUAACCAUUUUUAUAUUACCAUCUAGUUGCACCUUUUAGGUUUGAAGAUGGGAUUCCUUAGGACUUUCCCUGAAGGAGAGGGAAGCGGGGAAAACAGCUAUUUCCUGGUGUCUGUGCUGCAGAGGAAGGAAAGUAGCCAGGAACGAGCACUGUUGUGUCUACGUACCAGACGAAGUGGGUUACAUUGCAGUGACCACAGGCCGGUUUUGUGCCUAAUGUGUUGCACUGAACAAGACCAAAAUCACUAGUUGUUUUCUGUUGUUUGGAGCGUAUCCAGUGUCUCUAGUGUGAUGGUUUACACAACUGGUUUAUGUAGUUUAAAUAGCCCUUUAUUUAAAAGAGAAGCAUUCAUUUAAAGAGUUAUUAAAUGAUCUAAGUUUCAAAUCUACAAUUCGGUGAAGCACUUCUAUUUAACGGUCUCCUUUUAGCCUGAGAAGGUGAGAAUAUAUGAUUGUCAUAUUCUCGGAGACACAAAAUGCAAAUUUUAAAAGUUUCUCGUUAAGUCUUUGUGGCUCUGAGGUUGGUUUUUAUAAAGAGUUAUUAGACUUUUAUUUAUAAAUAACAUAGGAAAAAACAAAAAAAAAGAGGCUAGUCCUGUUUGAUAUCUUUUUGCAAUUGUACCAAAAGUGACUUAUUCUUGAAUUCCCCAUCUGCUUCUUUUGUAUUCCUGUUAUAUUUAAUUGUCUGUGCUCUGAGGUCUUUUGUGGCGCUGUGACGUGAUGGUGCCAGUGGCCACUUUGCUAUGUGGAUGUCCUGUGAGCAUUUGUUCGGCUUUCCCAGGGCUGAGUGCAGGUUUUCUGGGGAAUUUGCCAGUAGGCCUUCUCAAAGGUUUGGUCUCAUGAGAAAAAUUACCUGAAUCUGAAGCCUGAAAAGAAUGAAUUCUUUUAAGAGGUUAACAAAACUGCUUAAAGAUAGCUGGCAGACAGUGUUGCAUUAUAUCAUGUCACUUAUAUUACAAUUGCCAAAAAAAUAAUAAUAUUU